AAACCUUGCGUGCGAUGUGUUUCGCUAAAUUUUUAAUCAAACAAAUGAACGCGGCGGAUAUAAGGACGCGUUUCCAUGGAAACAUAAUUCACAACAAAAUGUGGCUUCAAAACAAUUAGGACAUUAACUAAGUAUAAAUCUAAUAAAAAUGCAAGUUUACUCAGAUUUUUGUAUAACAACUUGAUUUAUAGUGCAAAAAACGUGGUCUAUCCUGAAACUUUCAUAAAAAUUCUCAAAAGGCGUCAUCCAUGAGUCCCUAAUUAUUAUAGAAUGUUUAAUCAAUAUGGUCCUGACAACAGUGUACUUGGUCCUGAUGGGGUGUCCCAUGGUUUGGGGGAAGUGGGUAGAAGGGAGGUUGGAUUCGAAAGAGAACUGGGCAUUCCUAUCACGUUUCUGCUUUCUAUCUCUGGAUGGACAGUUUGAAUAUUUGAUAGAGUUCGAAAGGGACAUAGGCACACCAAACUUACUGUUAUACUAUGACGAGGAAAGCCAGUGGCCGUCCGUUUAUCACAGUACUAAGACUUGUAAGGAACGUGAGGCUGUGCUGAAUAAAGCUGGGCAGAACCAAAUUAUUAAACUUUCCCACUGGUAUCCAGAUACAGAAUAUUCCGGUUGCAUCCUUACACAGGCUAAUAAAGAAUUGCCAGCUGCAAAAAGUUCAACUACGCUCAGCCCUAAGCCUACACGAAAAAGUAUAAUUUCAACGACAAAAACCAAGAAUAACAAUACGUCAAACAUUACGAAAUUCGAGUUGCCAUUAGAUCCAACGUAUUAUGAUCAGUUCCUAAAACCUACGACACCAAAAUCUAAAGAUAGUACUAUUGUUGAUACGAACUCUACUACUUGGUAUGAGUUAUUACCAACGGACGACUUCGCUACCACAACUGCGUUACCUGAAGAUGAAUUGUGGGAGAGCAUUGGUCCGGAAAACAACGGCAGUUUGUUUGAAAAUCUAAAGGAUGUAGAAAUAAUGUUCGACAACCAUAACAGCAGUGGGCAUAAAAUAAAGCGUUCCACUUCCGAACUUUAUGAACGUUUUCGGCGUCGACGACUUUACUCGGAGACUAAUCAUAAUGGGCCGAGCAAUAAGAAUGAAAAGAUGGAGAGAUUCAUCGUUUCGUGUCACAAUUCACGACGAUUCCGUUCUGCAAGAGAGCGAUGGUGGUUCAUAGCCAUCAGUAAUUGUGAUAGUCCCAAGGGUCUCGAUAUCCGUUACAAAUUUUUAAUGACAAAUGGUCCAUCUGGAGAUUUUUGGCACGAACAUUUCUCUGCAGACGAAUUUUAUGUCCUUCCAAUUCUAUUGGCAUACACCUUCGCUUACGUUAUAGUAAUGGUUGCUGUAGUGAUGUGUAGUGUCGAACUGAAAGCUCGACACCUCUUACACUCUACAUACAAACUGUUCUUGAUGUCGAUAGUGGCGCAACACUGCGGUGUGAUGUUGCAGAGUUUAGCUUGCAUCAGAUACGCCUAUAAUGGCGUUGGGAGUUAUACUGCUAGAACUACAGGUCAGUUUCUUUGCGGGGUCUCCGAAACUCUGUUCCUGCUACUUCUUAUUUUGCUGGCAAAAGGCUACACUAUUACACGCGGUCGCCUAAAAGUUGGAUUCACAGUUAAAUUGACAGUCUUUAUGUGCUGUUAUAUCGUCACCUACAUCAUACUAUUUGUCUAUCAGGCUAGGGCAUUUGAUCCUGGUGAAGUCCUAUAUUUAUACGAGAGUCCAGCAGGAUAUGGACUGAUUGUUUUGAGAAUAGCUGCAUGGUGUGCAUACGCGUAUGCUACCUUCUUCACAGUUAGGAAGUAUCCAGAAAAGAACACGUUCUAUUGUCCAUUUUUCAUUUGCGGUACGCUGUGGUUCUAUGCAGGACCUCUUUUUAUACUAACUGCUAAUUCUUAUAUAGAUAAAUGGGUCCGAGAAAGUGUUGUCACAGCAGUGCUGCUAUUUAUUACAUUCUGUGGUCACAUAAUGUUUUUGUUGUUAACACUGCCAGUUUUUGCAAACAAAAAUUUCCCGUAUCAUGUUCGAACGACACAGAUUGGAGUUAUGGAGGUGACCCGCAGUUCGACGUUGGAUAGAUUCGGGCCUAACGCAUAUCACCCAAGUGAAGGAGCGGCCCAAACGGUUAUCAUACCUCUUACCAGAAGAACAGAAGAGCUAAUAGGUAACAUGUACAACCAAUACAUGGCGACAGCGCCCCCGCUUUCCUUGGAGAACGAAACGCCGAAACUAAACGGAACCCUAAAAAGGAUGGACUCCAUGCAAUCUCGAAACAAUCUCUUACCCCAAACCAGCACCGAAACGAACACCUCCGACGAUAUAAACCCAUCGAUAAAGGAAGAAAAAGAAGUUUUCACCGUCGAAAAUCAAAUGGCAAAGUUGGAAACACGGCAAAAUUCAAACCAGAUGGCGAAAUUAGAACGACAAAAUUCUAAAGAAUCAGUGUUGCCAGUUAAUGAAAUACUGCCAUCUAUGGGGAGUUUGGAAAGCGAUAAAUUGGACUUACCCCAAGUUUUGAGAUCGAGACGGAAUAUUCUAGAGCCUAUUAACAGGGACGUUCCUUCGUGGUCGCUGGCUAAAGGACCUUGUGUUGUUGCGAUGCAGCUGAAGAAGUCGCAAAGUAUAGGUGAUGAAGAUUCUUUGGAACCGCCAGCUAUACUACCCUUGAACGGCAAGAAAGCACCGGUCCGGCAACAGUCAACUUCUGGGGAAAUGAGCACCAUACACGAGGGACGAGAGAAGACCUAUGUCCGAACACCCACUGACAUAUUCACUGUGCCUGCUAGGGGGUGACAGGGACACCAAUACUAAUAUUGUAAAUGCGAACGUGUGUCUGUCUGCCUUUCAUACCUAUCCUUAUAUCCGACUAUCUGAUGACUUGAGAACUCUUUGAUUUAUUUAUUUAUUUUAUUUUAAUGGAGACACAGUAUAAAAACUAGAUAUAAAGAUAUACCGAGAUAAAAAGUAACCUAUGUCACUCUCCAAGUCU